GUCCUCGCGACGAUGACACUGUAUAGGGUACAAAUCGCGCGGGAAAGCCGCCCAUCAGGGAUGUGUCAUCAUCACGUGUUGCGCGACGGUAUAGGGUCAAUACUGUUUUCUGGUCCAGUCACAAAGCAUCAGGAAUAGUGACGCAGGCAGGUGAUCAGUGAUCAAUCUUUUGUGCGAAAAUCAUCAUGGCGGGUAACGACUACCGUACAGCCGGAUCAUUCACCGACAGCACACUCUGACCUUAGCUAUGAGGAGCUCGGCUGGGCUCGUGGCUGUCCUCUUUUGCGUCGCGCAUGCCUCUGUAAUCCAGCAGACCCCCUUACGAGCGCCUGCAGAGUCAAGCUACCUGGCCAAUAUACCCAUCCCCACUCGUCCGCUGGAAUGGGGAGACAUAAACAUUAUCUCCACGACGGACACGCAUGGAUGGCUUCUGGGGCACCAGAAAAAGUCGUUCCCGGAGCCGAGUUACAGUGGAACGUGGGGUGACUACUAUUCCUUCGUGGAGCAUAUGAAGGGGCUGGCGGAGGAAAAGGAUGUCGACCUUCUGCUGGUGGAUUCCGGAGACUUGCAUGAUGGAACGGGUUUGACGGACGGGUUUCCUGCGGGGGGAGUGGACGCUCGAGAUUCCAACGAGUUUUUCAAGCAAAUGCCAUAUGACGUUCUUGCAAUUGGAAACCACGAACUCUACACGUACGCGAACACUUUGGACAUGCACACCAACUUUGCGAAGCAUUUCGGCGAACGAUAUCUCUCAUCCAACGUGAAUAUCACCAUUUUCGACGCCAAUAACCAGACUGUCAGCGUUCCCGUUGGAAAUCGAUAUCGCAAGUUCAAGACACGUAAGGGCCGGCGAGUGACCUCGUUUGGCGUCCUAUUUGACUUCGAGGGAAACGAUAUGAAUACGACUGUCCAGAAGGUCGAAUCCAUGGUGCAGGAAUCUUGGUUUCUUCAAGCCAUUCAGGAAGAACCGGAUCUGUUCCUUCUCGUUGGACAUAUGCCAGCACAGAACGAUGUGAGCAAAUGGCCUUUGGUUUCUUCGGCUAUUCGCAAAGUCCACCCCACCACACCAAUCAUGAUCUUCGGAGGACAUCUCCACAUCCGGGACUGCAUGCAGCUCGAUGACUAUUCGAUGUCAAUCGCAAGCGGAAGAUAUAUGGAGACUCUCGGUUGGAUGAGUGUCAGGCUUGAUGUCAGCAAGCCCAUCUUCAAUCGCCGUUACUUGGACCCGAAUGUCAACACAUACAUGUAUCAUUCUGGCCGAACGCUUGAUGAUUUCGAGACACCCAAGGGACGAGAUAUCACAGCGGGUCUCAACGAGCUGGCAGACCGGUUUGGGCUGACGCAUGUCUUUGGCUCGGCGCCUCAGGAUUAUACCUUAAGCCGAGCGCCGUACCCAUCCAACGCUUCGCUCCAAACACUAAUCGUGGAAGAGGUCGUGCCGACAGUACUUACAAUGAACUCCGAUCGAUCAGGAUUACCUUUCCUAUUCAUUAACAGCGGGGGAUCCCAGCGGUUUGAUAUCUUGCAAGGGCCAUUCACGUCUAACGAUCAGUUCACGGCGACACCAUUUGUCAACCAAUAUCUAUUCAUUCCGAAUAUCCCAUUCUCCGUUGCGAUGAAACUGACCCCAGCCAUGAAUGCGGCUGGCGCCGAGAGAUUCUGGGACGCGGAAGACACCAUGUGGGCCACGGAGCUGAACGUCGAACGGCAGUACGUCAGGUCGCUGAUGGCUGGUGCGAGACUGCAGAGUGAGGAGGAAGAGCUAACGCUAGGAUACGUUACCAGCGAUAGCUGUCCCGGGGAUGGCGACGACAUCAAACAUACACCUGUCCCCGUUUAUCCAUUCCCCGACUUCGUCGAAUCCGUGGCACCCGUUGUCUCAGACCCGGAUGCGCCCAUCGAUCUCAUAUUUGUCGACUUCAUACGGGCACAGCUCAUCCGCACGUUGAAUGAAGUGCAGAACGAGCGUGUGUACUCGAUGAAGGACGCCGGAAUCUACAGCCCGGUAAGGACGAACGAAGUGCUUGGGAUCUAUGCGUCUGCCCUAUGGAACACGGACACGUCAUGAUAUAGAAUUUAUAGAGGACUAGAGCGCCGCCUCCGCCGGCAGAAGCCUUGCUUGCUCUUGCAUUUUUUUCUUACAAGCACCAACUCAAUAGCAGUCACAAGUUACAAUAGAAACGAUACAAUUACAAUGAUUUGUAUGCAACCCCUCAUUUUGAGCGGGUCUUCUUGGCAGGGCUGGAACCCAAGUCGACUUUCACAGCCCAGCGGCGCUUUUUCGGAGACACAGCGAGCUGGCGUCGUUCUUCAAUGACACGUAUUUUGACGAUGUUCGCUGUGAAGUGGUCGCGCUUGUGUUCUUUGAACGCCCAGUGCGUCAAUUCAAACGUCAGCGCAACGGUGGCACCCGGCAACAGGCUCAUGUACUCUUCUGGCUCCAUCAAUUGCCCAUCAAACGUGUACGCAGGCAGUCUAUUGAUGACCAAUUUCCCGGUGGUCUCGAUCUCCUCGAGGGCGGCUCACGCCGCUUCGUGUUUCGUUGGCCACAAUCCAAAGUCAUAACCUGUCUCGGCGUCAGACUCUAACCCCUCUGCCACCGCAGCACGUAUAGCCUUCGUGACGAUACAUACACGUGAAGGAACAAAGCAUAAACGAUGGAAUGAGGGUCAAACGAGAGACUGCACAAAUACAUGCGGAAUGAUACGGAACAUCGGAUCAAACCGCGUGCAACCGGAUCAAACGAAUUAUGAGGGUGGAGAAGCCUU